AUGCCUGACUUUACAGAUAAACUUCGCCCGAGCCAGCCAGAUGGGCCAUCAACACUGGCAAAAGAGCGAGAACAAUCAAACAUCUCAACCGAAGAGCUCGGAAAACACCUAUUAUCAUCAGAUGGCUUCCUAGAGCGACAAGCUCGAAUACUACCAAUCCUCCAACAAGAAGAAAUCCUCUCAAAAACAAAACAACAAAACCUAUCCCGACCAGAACGAUUCAAACUAGGACUCGUAAGAGCAAAGCUUCUCCGCCGCCUAAGUGACAAAUACAAAUGGAGCCAUGACGACUACAAGAUGGCCGAGUACCUAGUGGACGACGUCUCCCCCUACUUCCUCCAUAUGGAGAUGUUCAUAACAACAAUCCGAGAACAAGCCAGCGAAGAACAGCGCGCAUACUGGGUCCCCCUAAUCGAGUCCUGGAAGAUCAUAGGUGCAUACGCACAGACUGAACUUGGACACGGCAGUAAUGUCCGUGGUUUGGAGCUUGAGGCGCGGUGGGAUAGCCAGACCAAAGAGUUUGUGAUACAUAGUCCGACUCUUACUGCUAGUAAAUGGUGGAAUGGGAGUCUAGGUCGAGUUGCUAAUCAUGCCAUUGUUGUGGCUCAGUUGUUACUUCCUGAGCCUGACUCGGAUCGGUUUGUCUCGCAUGGUCCGCAUCCAUUUAUUGUCCAGGUUAGAGAUAUGAAGACACAUUUGCCUUUGGAGGGUAUUGUUGUUGGUGAUAUUGGGCCGAAGUAUGGGUAUAUCACUAUGGACAAUGCAUAUAUGCUAUUUGAUCAUUGUCGAGUGCCCCAUUCAGCCCUCCUAUCCCGCUAUUCAAAUGUGAACCCAGAAACAGGCCUCUACACGAAACCAGCCCAACCAGCUGUAGUCUACGGCUCCCUGACCUACGUCCGAGCAAACAUAGUCCACCACGCGCGCCUCGUCCUCGCGCGAGCAGUAACAGUCGCAACACGCUACACAACCGUCCGCCGGCAAUUCCAAAACCGAGACGGCGACAAGCGCGGACCAGAAUUAUCAGUAUUGGACUAUCCAACCGUCCAAAUUCGCAUCCUGCCUUUACUAGCAACAACAUUCGCACUACAUUACACGGGUCAAGCCAUGCGAACCGUAUAUCAGAAUGCACGAGAAGAUAUUGAGAAAGGUGAUUUUAAAUCACUAGCCUACAUGCAUAGCAUGUCCUCCGGACUGAAAAGUCUCUGUACGAUGCUUGCGGCAGAUGGGAUUGAGAGUUGUCGACGAGCGAUGGGGGGACAUGGAUUUGGUGGUGGGAGUGGCUUAAUUCAGCUCAAUAAUGAUUACUUGUCGAAGCCGACUGUUGAGGGGGAUAAUUGGAUGAUUACGCAGCAGGUUGCAGGUUACUUGAUUAAAAAAAUGGGUGCUGCUGUUGAGGGUGAAGGGAAGGGUGGUGAUGAGAUGGAUGCUCGGUUUAGAGCUUUUGCUCGGGAGAAGCAUGCUGGGGGCUUGUCGUGGGGGCAUGAUAUUUUGAACAGUGAUCGUGAUAUUGUGAAGAGCUUUGAGUUGAGGGCUACUGCUUUGGUUCAUGAGGCUGACGAGAGACAGGCAUACGAUGCGUACGAGCAACGAGUGAUCAAGAAGAAGGACUGGAACAGUCUUCUUAUCCAGCUUCACAAACUCAGCCGGGCACAAUCUCAAUCAAUUAUGGUGACAACCUUCUUUGAAGCUCUUUCCGCCGACAAGACCCUCUCAGCCUCGAUCAAGACCAUCUUAUGGGAUCUAUAUCGUCUAUUCGCGUUGAACACCAUGGAAAAUGAAGGCUAUGAUUUCUUCCGAUUCAGUGCCAUCUCACAAUCAGAUUUAGAUGCCCUGCCUACUCGAAUCCAAGACCUGAUGAGUCGGAUAAGACCACAUGGAGUCAAACUGGUGGACUCAUGGAUGAUUCCAGAUUAUUUGCUUGACAGUGGCGGAAAUAGCGCACUCGGUCGGUAUGAUGGUCGCGUCUAUGAGGACUUGUUCAACCGAGCCCAUCGGUUAAAUCCUCUUAACCGGAUUACGUUUAAUCCGAAUUAUUGGGAGGACGAAAUUGUCAAGGGGAGUGGUGUUGAAUGGUCCGAAAUAUUGUCAAAGCUGUAG